AUGGCAGCCAAGGGAACAGCCAUUGGCAUCGACCUGGGCACCACCUACUCCUGUGUGGGGGUCUUCCAGCAUGGCAAGGUGGAGAUCAUCGCCAAUGACCAGGGCAACCGCACCACCCCCAGCUAUGUGGCCUUCAACGACACCGAGAGGCUCAUCGGCGACGCGGCCAAGAACCAGGUGGCUCUGAACCCAUCCAACACCGUCUUUGAUGCCAAGAGGCUCAUCGGGAGAAAGUUCAACGACCCCGUGGUCCAGUCCGACAUGAGGCACUGGCCCUUCCAGGUGGUGAGCGACGGAGGGAAGCCCAAGGUGAAGGUGGAGUACAAGGGUGAGAAUAAGACCUUUUACCCGGAGGAAAUCUCCUCCAUGGUGCUGACCAAGAUGAAGGAGAUUGCUGAGGCUUACCUGGGCUACAGUGUCACCAACGCUGUCAUCACUGUGCCGGCCUACUUCAAUGACUCCCAACGCCAGGCAACCAAAGAUGCUGGUGUGAUAGCUGGUCUCAAUGUCCUGCGCAUCAUCAACGAGCCAACUGCAGCCGCCAUUGCCUAUGGGCUGGACAAGAAGGGCAAAGGGGAGCGCAAUGUGCUCAUCUUUGACUUGGGAGGUGGAACCUUCGACGUGUCAAUUCUCACCAUCGAUGACGGUAUCUUUGAGGUGAAAUCAACUGCUGGUGAUACCCAUCUGGGAGGAGAGGACUUUGACAACCGGAUGGUCAAUCACUUCAUUGAGGAGUUCAAGCGUAAAUACAAGAAGGACAUCAGCCAGAACAAGAGGGCGGUGAGGAGGCUGCGGACAGCCUGUGAGAGAGCAAAGAGAACCCUGUCUUCCAGCACCCAAGCCAGUGUGGAAAUUGACUCUCUGUUUGAGGGCAUUGACUUCUACACCUCGAUCACCAGGGCUCGGUUAGAAGAACUAAACGCUGACCUGUUCAGGGGCACCCUGGAGCCAGUGGAGAAAGCUCUAAAGGACGCCAAGCUGGACAAAUCAAAGGUUCAUGAUAUUGUCCUGGUCGGAGGGUCCACCAGAAUUCCCAAGAUCCAGAAGCUGCUGCAAGAUUUCUUCAACGGCAGGGAGCUGAACAAGAGCAUCAACCCUGAUGAGGCCGUGGCCUAUGGGGCUGCUGUUCAAGCAGCGAUUCUGAUGGGGGACAAGUCGGAGAAUGUUCAGGAUCUGCUGCUCCUGGAUGUCACUCCUCUUUCUCUGGGUCUGGAGACGGCAGGUGGGGUCAUGACCACACUCAUCAAGCGUAACACCACCAUCCCCACCAAGCAGACCCAGAUCUUCACUACUUAUUCUGACAACCAGCCUGGUGUCCUAAUUCAGGUGUAUGAAGGUGAGAGAGCCAUGACCAAGGACAACAAUCUUCUGGGCAAGUUUGAGCUGAGUGGCAUCCCUCCUGCCCCUCGUGGUGUGCCCCAGAUUGAGGUGACUUUUGAUAUUGAUGCCAACGGCAUCCUCAAUGUUUCUGCUGUUGACAAGAGCACCGGCAAGGAGAGCAAGAUCACCAUCACCAACGACAAGGGCAGGCUGAGCAAGGAGGAAAUCGAGAGAAUGGUCCAGGAAGCUGAAAAAUACAAGGGCCAAGAUGAACAACAACGUGAACGGAUUGCAGCGAAGAACUCCCUGGAGUCCUAUGCGUUCAACAUGAAAAGCUCAGUGGAGGAUGAGAAAUUCAGGGGCAAGGUCAGCGAGGAAGACAAGAACAAAGUAACGGAAAAGUGCAACCAGACCAUUUGCUGGUUAGAAGCCAACCAGACGGCAGAGAAAGAAGACUUUGAGCAGCAGUUGAAAGAACUGGAAAAGAUUUGCAACCCAAUUAUAAGCAAGCUAUACCGUGGGGGCAUGCCGGAAGGUUCCUUCGCCAGCCAGGUUGGAAAGGAUACGCCUGGUGGACCAACAAUUGAGGAAGUUGAUUGA